GUGACUGACGUCAGACUGACGAAGAGCACUUCCUCUCACAGACUCCGCUCCGAAUGAAAACACAGGAAGUGACCUGUCCGCUCACACAGGAUGUCCCAGCUUCUGGGAUAAAAAGAACCGUAAGAGGAAGAUAACAGGCCACAUAACGAGUGCAGCCAGCUGCUACAGGAAGUGUUUACGUGCGGGUCAGCGGCGUGACCGACCAUUAGCCAACCGAGGCUCAGGUGCAGCAGGAAUGCGCAUACAGACACGGGCUGCUUCAUAACAGAGAGCCACGGCGGCCAGGUAUGGGAGCUGCUCCAAGCCAAUGUGAGGGUGUCACCGAGGACUGUCUCCAGCCCAGCGGGGCGGGACAGGAAGAUUCCAACCAGCCUAUCAGUGAGAAGGACAGCACUAAGAGGACCAGCUGGAGCAGGAGAUGCAGCUCAGCAGACACUGUUCACUGUCCCACCUGUCAGGGCACCGGGCGUAUACCCAGAGGUCAGGAAAGCAAGCUGGUUGCUGUCAUUCCCUGUACUGACCAGAGGCUGAGGCCCAGACACACGAAGCUGUAUGUGGCCUCGUCUGUCGGGCUGUGCCUCCUGGUCAGCGUCCUGGUGUUGUUCUUCCUGUUUCCGCGCUCCGUGGUUCUGUCUCCAGUAGCUGUCAGUUCAUCCUCUGUUUACUUCACUCACGACGGCGUGCAGAUUAACAUCACGAACGUGUUGAACAUCACUAAUAACAACUUUGCAGCGGUGCAGGCCUACAACCUGACAGUACAGGCACUCAACUUUGGCACGGUGCUGGGAACGGUGUCCAUUAAGAACGUCGUGUCUGUCAGACCUCUGUCCGUGAAAACGUACUCCUUCAUGAUACCCAUCCAGCUGACAGACCCUGGUUUGAGUAACUACUGUAAGAAAGAGUCGCUGCCUGUCCAUAUCCUGUAUGUGAACCUACAGAUAUCGCUGACAGUCUUCUGCCUGGCCCGCUAUGAGCAGCUGUCCCUGGAGACGUACGAGUACAUCGACUGUGGAGCAAACAACACCGUACCACACAGCGUACAAGCCGCAUCGACCUGAUGGAGGCACAGAUAACAAAUGCUGUGCGCGUGUCUGUGAACUAGAGUAAUGUGCUGUGUAAUAUUUCGAGCAGGAUGCUGUCGCGGCUGGAUGUCGAAUGACUGGAAAAUCAGUGUGAAGGUUAACAGCUGCUUUGGUUUUGAAUUAAACUGACUGUGCCUGGAGAGGAAGGCGAAACGGUGCAGUGGGCCAAACCGUUCACAUGGUCUCACUGUGCAAGUCACGUGGUAACCAUGUGACCCUGAUCACUGUAGCCAGUCCAUUAAAAUGACCCAGCACCUCCAGUGUGGUCCAGCAUGUGCUGCCCCCUCUGUCAGCUGCAAUCCUAUAAAUCCUUAGACGGCCUGAUGAUCUUCAAAUGAAGCUCAGUAUUUGUCUUUUUGAGAGCGUAUUCACCAAACCUACUGCCAAAGACACGAGCAAGUAUUCUCCACUUGAUCGUCUCUGUUUGAAAGUUUGUUCAGUAAUUGUACCUUCAUCAUUUUGGUCUUCCUCUCCUUAGCCAAGUUCUAUUUACACACCAACACAUCUGCUCUUCAGGGUUUUUCUGUAUAUUUCCUGCCUUCUCUUUAUUUCUUGUGUUUGUUAUACUGAAGUGGACGUGUGAGGCUUUGGAGCUAUUUUUAAAGAGAUCUUUAAGAAACUUUAUGCAGCAAAAUACCUUUGCAGGUCACAGCCUGGUAAAAUGAACUGGCUUAACAUUUAACACAUGUAAGUGCAGUUCUACAGUGAGGCCAUGUUCUGGUUUUUGGUGCAUUGAUGAAAUGACGCGGUUUCCUGUAAAGCUUCCUGACAGACACUUCCUCUCCACAAGUCCAAUAAAGCUAUGUGAGCCUGUUUGAGUCCUGUGUUUGGUGAAUGAAUGCAGGGGGGGAAACAAAGCCAACUGCAACAAUGCAUGAAACACAGCAUCGUGGCUUUAAAACCGUCAAAUCAGCUCCUGCUAGCUGAAGUUUGUUAGUCAGCCCAGUGCUUCCAGUCCUGUGUUAAA